AUGCCUCAGGAUUCACCACUGUUAGUGUGGAUGAACGAGCGUCAAAUAUUUCUGGAUGAAACACUUCACCUGGAGGGGCAUGGAACUCCAGAGGGUCUCUGUUGUUGUGGCCUUGAUGCUCCCUGUUUCCGAUGCUGCGACUGCUUUGGCACGCAGAUGUUUUGCCAGGAGUGCAUACUUUGCAACCACACAGGGAAUCCUCUGCACAGGAUUGAUAUGUGGAAUGACUUGUUCUUCCAGCCCACCACCCUUAAAAAGAUGGGUCUACGUGUACAGCUAGGUCACACCCCAGGCAAGAGAUGCUAUAAUCCUUGUCCAUCCUCUGGUGACAAGUUUGUUGUUAUCGACAUCCAUGGUGUCCAUGAGAUUGCCCUCGAUUUUUGUGUGUGUGCAAGCGCUCAAAUUCACUACAAACAGCUACUCCGCACACGCUGGUAUCCAGCAACCACAUCGGACCCUCGUACUGCUGCGACAUUCACUCUGAUGGAACACUUCCAACUUCUGUCAUUCAAGAGCAAAGUGUCUGCCUACGAAUUUUACCACUCACUGGCAGGACAGAACAAUAAUGCUGGCCUGUCGGUUAUAAAGGAUCACUACUCUGCAUUCAUGUGCAUGGUCCAUGAAUGGCGACAUCUCAAGCAACUUCGGCAUGCAGGAAGAGGACACAAUACUGGUGGCAUCAAGGCCACCACCACGGGUGAAUUGGCUGUGCAGUGCCCAGCAUGUCCCCACCCUGGCAAAAAUUUGCCAGAAGUUAGGUGGAAAUAUGUGUUGUUCAUCGCGAUCGACACCAACUUUAGGCUUAAAUGCAAGGCUGUGUCAUCAGACAAUGUCGACCCUAGCCUCAACUCUGGGUGGGCAUAUUUCAUUCAGGAGGCUGACUACAAAACAUACUUGGCCCAUCAAGCUGGCGUCAAGCAAGAUCGCAGUACAUGUGUCAGUCACAAUGCCGUUAAUUUGGCAGAUACGAAGUCUUCACAUGGUCUGGCCACAACAGGUGUUGGUACAGUAGACUGUGCCAGGCAUGAUAUGAAGCUUGCCAAUGGUGUUGGAGACUUGCAAAAGGGUAAAAAAUAUAUUAAUAUGGACUACCUCGUAUUCUCGGCACUGUUGGCCUUCACGGUAACCAUGAUCAACAUAUUGUAUGAUAUUGCCUGUCAAUGGCAUAAGAAGCUCUGGACGUGUAUGGAAGGCAUGCCCUCAAGGUUUCACAUACCUCACGACUCAAUGACCAUCUGA